GGUCAUCUCAUCAAUUCAUCAAUUCAUCAAUACCAACUUGAAAGCAAGCUUGCUUUGAUAUUCACUCAUAUUCAUAUACUUAAUUACUCAUUAAUCAAUUACAUGGGGAUGAUCAUGAAGAGACUUGUUGGGAUUUCAGAUGCAAAGAAGAAGCUAGCAAGGACGCUCUCUCCCAACAAGAAAGGGAGCAUUAGGGCGACGAAAGACGACAAAGCCGCCGUUCCGAAGGGGCACUUUCCGGUAUACGUCGGGGAGGCGAGGCGGCGGUUUGUGGUUCCGAUAGAGUACUUGGAGCAUGCACUGUUCCGGGAUCUGUUGGACUGGGCGGAGCAGGAGUUUGGGUACGAGCACCCUACCGGAGGACUCACUAUCCCAUGCACUGAAGACUACUUCUUGAGCCUCACUUCCCUCCUCAUCAAUUCCAAAUAAAUAUAAUCUUCGAGGAAUAGAUAGAUAGAUGGAUA